GUCAUCCUGUGGAGUGGCUCCUCCCUUCUGUGCGCAGGCGUGUUGAGCGGUGACGCGAAUGCCGUCUCUCUCCUUCUCGGCACCGUAAGACCUUUCAACCUUGUGGCUGACUACUGAGCAUCAUGUCUCUGCUGGCAGCGAACAGAGCGGCGGCCAUGCUGCUGCGGAGCGCCAAGAAUUCAGCGUGCAUUGUAGUUGCCUCGCGGAGUGCAAGUUCCUCAACGAAUUUGAAGGAUGUUCUUGCUGACCUUAUCCCCAAGGAACAGUCCAGGAUCAAGGCAUUCAAACAGCAGCAUGGUAAAACGAUCAUUGGACAGAUCAGUGUUGACAUGGUGUACGGUGGCAUGAGAGGAAUGAAGGGCUUGGUGUAUGAGACGUCAGUGCUGGACCCGGAGGAGGGCAUCCGUUUCCGUGGCUACAGCAUCCCAGAGUGCCAGAGGCUUCUGCCCAAAGCCCCUGGAGGAGAGGAGCCCCUUCCUGAAGGCCUGUUCUGGUUGCUUGUGACUGGAGAAAUCCCCACAGAGGAACAGGUCACCUGGGUGUCCCGGGAAUGGGCACGGAGAGCGGCCCUGCCCUCCCAUGUGGUCACCAUGCUGGACAACUUUCCCAACAACCUGCACCCCAUGUCACAGCUGAGUGCCACCAUCACAGCCCUCAACAGCGAAAGCAGCUUCGCCCGCGCAUACUCUGAGGGCAUCAGCAAGACCAAGUAUUGGGAGUUUAUCUAUGAGGACUCGAUGGACCUCAUUGCCAAGCUGCCCUGCGUGGCAGCAAAGAUCUACAGGAACCUGUACCGAGAAGGCAGCAGUAUUGGGGCCAUUGACUCUGACCUGGACUGGUCUCACAACUUCACUAACAUGCUGGGUUACACUCAACCUGAGUUCACUGAGCUGAUGAGACUCUACCUCUCCAUCCACAGUGACCACGAGGGCGGAAAUGUGAGUGCACACACAAGCCACCUGGUGGGGAGCGCCCUCUCUGACCCCUACUUGUGCUUUGGGGCUGCCAUGAACGGACUGGCUGGCCCUCUUCAUGGACUUGCCAAUCAGGAGGUGCUGAUCUGGCUGACCAACUUGCAGAAUGAGCUGGGCGGUGAGGUGUCCGAUGAGAAGCUGAGGGAAUUCAUCUGGAACACCCUCAACUCUGGCAGGGUGGUACCAGGAUAUGGCCAUGCCGUGCUGAGGAAAACUGACCCCCGCUACACCUGCCAGAGGGAGUUUGCCCUCAAGCACCUCCCCAAUGAUCCCAUGUUCAAACUGGUGGCUCAGCUCUACAAGAUCGUGCCAGGGGUCCUCCUGGACCAGGGCAAGGCCAAGAACCCCUGGCCCAACGUGGAUGCCCACAGUGGUGUCUUGCUUCAGUACUAUGGAAUGAAGGAGAUGAACUACUACACUGUGCUGUUUGGGGUGUCUCGAGCCCUUGGCGUCCUCUCCCAGCUGAUUUGGAGCCGCGCCCUGGGAUUCCCGCUGGAGCGUCCCAAAUCCAUGAGCACAGAUGGCCUGAUCAAGCUGGUCAAGAGCAAGUCGGGUUAAUGGCAGGACCCCAAGGCCUUCCAUAUGACUGUCGCUGGAGGAGGAGGUGCUGGUCAGUGCCCCCAGAGAAUGGCACGACCUGAAGAAUGAGAUGUAUACUGUGUCUGUCUCAGCUGGGAUUGGGGGGGUGGUGGGCUGCUGGCACCAAGGGAGCAGGAAAAAAAACAGGGAUAAUUUAAGAAUUAGUUUCUUUUGUCAGAGAAUGGGCGACAUGUUAUGUUGACUUGGACACAAGGACGGACGGAUAUGAAAGCGUGCGCGCAAACACACUCCUUAGGAAGUGGGCGAGGUGAGGGUGAGCCAGCCUCGAGUAAUCUCUCUCUCUCCUCACUGCCCAACCCACUGUGGUGACAUUGGCAGAGAGAGCUACAGGACUUUAGUUGUGUAAAUGUACUGAUUGUGUCUCAUACCUCAGGUUGUUCAGCAUUCAAAACAGGAAAAUAAAUGUUUUUAUUACUG